CAAAGAAAAAGAUUAAUUCUAGCCAUGGAUGCAGCAUUUGGGAUGGAGUAUUUGCAUGGGAAGAACAUAGUUCAUUUUGACCUAAAAUGUGAAAAUUUACUAGUGAAUAUGCGAGAUCCACAUCGACCUGUCUGCAAGAUUGGUGAUCUAGGUCUAUCCAAGGUGAAGCAACAUACUUUGGUGUCGGGUGGUGUUCGUGGAACUUUACCAUGGAUGGCGUCUGAGCUUUUAAGUGGCAAAAGUAAUAUGGUAUCAGAAAAAAUCGAUGUUUACUCCUUUGGGAUCGUCAUGUGGGAGCUGCUUACUGGGGAAGAGCCGUAUGCUGAUAUGCGAUGUGCUUCCAUAAUUGGGGGGAUCGUGAAUAACUCUUUACGUCCUCAAAUCCCAACCUGGUGCGAUCCUGAAUGGAAAUCUCUGAUGGAACGUUGUUGGGCCUCUGAUCCUGCUAGGAGGCCAUCAUUCUCUGAAAUUUCUCAAAAGUUGAGGAAAAUGGCUGCUGCAAUAAAUGUGAAGUGAGUUAUUGCAGAGCAUCAAGAAUCUUUGGCUGUUAUCUGGCACUGGUAUAUUAUAGUCUUUUUCUUCUCGGUAGGAGUUGGUAUGUACUAAUGUAAAUAAAUUUUGAGUUGCACAAUCUUCUGCCCUUAUGAGGGGACAGUGCGUCAUGCUUCGAUUAUGAGAACUUUAUCGCAAUUUUGCCAUAUUAGCCAGUGAGGAUGAAUCUCUAUGUUGGACCAUAAAUAAGUCAAAUAUAGAUAUCUCCUAUUAUCCAUUUUGUAUAGAAUUUUUUAGAAGAAUAUUGUCUUUUAUGUAUGAGACAUCCAAUAGCUGGCAUGUAUUACCUGGCUUUUCAUUCCAGUUCUUUCUAUCAUGCAUAUAUUAUAU